AUGCCUAUUCCCGUUCCCAAAUCAGAUAGCCUCAAGGACCUCCUUAGCCUGAAGGGCAAGGUGGUCGUCAUUACUGGUGCCUCUGGAUCCCGCGGUAUGGGUAUUGAGGCUGCUCGCGGCUGUGCCGAGAUGGGCGCCGACCUCGCCAUCACCUACUCCUCUCGUCCAGAGGGCGGCGAAAAGAACGCCAAGGAACUUGCGGAGACCUACGGAGUGAAGGUUAAGGCCUACAAGUGCGACGUUGGCAACUGGGAAAGCGUGCAGAGCCUCGUCAACGAGACCAUUAAGGAAUUCGGAAAGAUCGACGCCUUUAUCGCCAACGCCGGCCGCACUGCUAACAGCGGUAUUCUUGAUGGCUCCGUGCAGGACUGGAACGAAGUCAUCCAGACCGAUCUGAAUGGUACUUUCCACUGCGCCAAGGCCGUCGGCGCACACUUCAAGCAGCGCGGCACUGGCAGCUUCGUCAUUACCUCCUCUAUGUCCGGUCACAUCGCCAACUUCCCUCAGGAACAAACCUCAUACAACGUUGCUAAGGCUGGGUGUAUCCACAUGGCUCGCUCUCUUGCAAAUGAAUGGCGCGACUUCGCUCGUGUGAACAGCAUUUCACCUGGAUACAUCGACACUGGUCUUUCUGAUUUUGUUGAGCAGAAGACUCAGGACCUCUGGAACUCUAUGAUCCCUAUGGGUCGCAAUGGACAGGCUAAGGAGCUGAAGGGUGCCUACGUUUACUUGGUUAGCGACGCUAGCACUUAUAUGACCGGUAACGACCUCAUCAUUGAUGGCGGUUACUGCGUGCGGUAA